CGGGCCCCACCGCACCGCCACCCUCGCCGGGGCGGGCGCCCGCCUCGGAGGAAGUGAUGGAGGCCGAGGGAGGAGGAGGAGGAAGAGCCGCGGCUGGUUGCCUUUACUUGGUGGAUACGUUAGCUGGAGAUCCCAAGGUUCUGCAAGUGGAUGCUGAAACAUACUACAAAAAACUCCUGAAGAAAUCAUCAUCCACUCCUGAUGUUUUCUCAAUCUCUGGAGAAGAGGUUAAACUUGAAGAUUCCUGUGUGUAUUUUGUCCCUCUCUACCGAAAUAAUCCUGCUUGCAAAGUGUUGCUGUUAACUGAUCCAAAGGAUAAAGAGACAGUUUUGGCAGUUUAUCUGAAUCAGUGUUGGUGGCCUGUUGAUGAUGUACUGAAGACAGCUGAUCCUUCUAGAAAUGGAUUAAUUUCAGUCCAGACAUUUGGAGAAAGGAUUGUCCUCUUUGUUCUGAAUUACAUUAUUUUUGGAACGCUGGAAGGGAGUUCAGCUAAUGAUGCAUUCUUCCUACCUCACUCUGCCACUGAGUGUGCCAAGAUACUCUGGAGAAAUGGCGAGGCUGUUGCUUUUUACUCAGUCAAAAUGAAAGGGACCUUAUGUGAUGGCACAACCAGUCAAUGUUACUUGCUGCCGGUUUUGGAUACUAUAUUUGUCCGGAGAAAGUAUAGAAGAGAUGGCCUAGGGAUGAAAAUGCUACAUGAUUUCUGUCAGUCUUUCAUGGCUGAGGAUGCCUUGGGGAUCAGCUGCCCUAUUUCUGCUGCCAUGUAUCAAGUUUGCCAGAAAUUCUUGCAGACUUAUCCUGAGGAGCAGAAGCGACUGUGGGAGGUGGAAGCACCAGGAGACUGGAGCCAGCGAGAGAAUAUCUGGUUAAAAAUUCAGAUGGAGUCACCCCCUUCAGGAAAGGCUGAAGUACACUGUCAUAUGGAGAAUGCUCAAACCAGUAAACCUGGACAAUCAGAUGUGGACCAGAUACAGGGCGUUGAAUACUUUCCUAAUGUUGGGAAAGUGGCAGGAGAUGCCACAGAAUAAAAAGAUGACACAGCAGCAGCAGGGAUUCUAGAGAGGGUGCUGAACAAGAGGACUUAGAACAAGGUGCAGGCAAUACUCAGCAAUGCAAAGAAUUCAGUAGAAGAGCAGACUCUGGGGGCUUAGUUGAAGACAUGGCCAUCAAACAGUUUAGAAUUAUACCAUGAUUGCACUUUCAAAAAUCAACAAAAUCUCAGUGUGGUCUUAAAAACUGUAAUUGACUGUUCAUACUUAGUAACACUGGAGAGAUUUCUUCAGGUAAGAUACAAUUUCUUCACAAGACACAUGUUCUCCAUCUCCACAAAACAAACUGUUUUGUUUUAAAUAAAGCUUUUGAUUCUUAA